AUGGAUUUGCCAUCUGAAACAGGCACAAAAUUUCAGGUGAAACACGUAGAACGUGACGGUUGCUUAUGGGUGAUAUCAGAAACAGCACCACCGGCCGUGGUCUCUGUAGAGUGCGAUUUUAAAAGUGAUUGUUCUGACAUUGAAUUCGAUCAAUUAACACUCGACGUCACACCGCACGGAACGGUCGUGCUGCUUAAGAAAUUAUUCUCAGAUCAAUACACAGAAGCAUUCGUUGAUUCGUUCUAUUUCAUCAAAAUAAGGAACCCUCGAAGUCUUUUGAUGCAAUGUUUUCUGGCGAUUAUCAAAUACUUUCCAAAAAUUCGGAACGCACCUUUAUCGAUAACACGUCAACUCGGUAUUCCAGCUAAUAAUCAACUACUCUCAUGA